AUGGCUCCCGAAACAAAGAGCCGUAAGCCCGCAAACACUGCCUUUAAACAACAGCGCUUAAAGGCAUGGCAACCGAUUCUUACACCAAAAACCGUCCUUCCCACAUUUUUUAUAAUCGGAAUCAUCUUUGCACCCCUUGAAUUACAAAUUGAUUAUACUUUUUGUGAUUCAUUAUCUCCAGAACCCGCUGAUGCUCUAGGUGCUGAGCCCAUUUUUAGUGACACGCCAGCUCGAUUUAUAACAUCUUCAUUUCCAGAUGAUUCCCAAAUAAAAGUAUCAUGGGCAAAAAUUAUUAAACUUCUUCCGCCAAAAAGAAAUCCAACUGGAGACAAAGCUGUUUGGAACUGUUUAAUUCGAUUUACUUUACCAGAAACCUUAAAACCACCAGUUUUCAUGUAUUACAGGUUAACAAAUUUUUAUCAAAAUCAUAGAAGAUAUGUUAAAAGUUUUGAUGCUGAACAGCUUAAAGGUAAAGCUGUUCCUGCAAAUACGAUUAAAGCUGGAAAUUGUAAACCGAUGGACGUUGGUGAAGACGGCAAGAUUAUCUAUCCUUGUGGUCUUAUUGCUAAUUCCCAAUUUAAUGAUACAUUAUUCGAUCCUGUUCUUCGUGUUUCACCUGUCAGCGGUGCUCAAAAUGUGACCUAUACAUUUUCUAAUGAAAGCAUUGCAUGGCCUUCUGAUAAAGAGAAAUAUAAAAAAACCCAAUACAGCCUUGAUCAAAUUCGCCCUCCUUUGGAUUGGGUUGCAAGAUAUCCUAAUGGCACUUAUACUGAAGAAUUUCCUCCACCUGACAUUGAAACAGAUGAGCAUUUUCAAGUUUGGAUGCGCACUGCAGGUCUUCCUGAUUUUAGGAAAUUAUGGGGAAAGAAUGAGAAUCAAGAGAUGUUAAGUGGAGAUUAUCAAGUCGAGAUUGAAUAUUUGUUCCCUGUAAGCAAAUAUGGUGGUACUAAGUCUUUUGUGAUUUCCACGGUUUCUUUCCUUGGUGGAAGAAAUCCUUUCUUGGGUUACGCUUAUAUGGCUGUUGGAAUUCUUUGUAUAUUACUCGGAUGUGCAUUUACUGCAAGACAUUUAUAUAAGCCAAGAAAACUUGGAGAUCAUACCUAUCUCUCUUGGAAUAAUGGGCCAAGUACCAGCAAUAACAAGUGA